GAAGUGUUACCGCUGCUGUUUCCGUUCACGUGGUGGAGAUAAUGGUGGUUAACCUGUGCGAGCCACAUUUUCACACAACAAUUCAAUGUGACAAGCUGUGUGCCGAUGGCUAUGACGUCACCAACCUUUUGUCCGGAGAUCCGGUUACGCGACGGAGAGGUUUCAGACUGGAAUACUUCCUGCGGCCUCCGCUGCACGUCACCCUGGGCGUCCGAGUCAAGAUGGAGUUGUGUCGGGUGGACGUCGAGCUUUGGCCCUGGCGCACGGAUCAAGGGAAGAGCUCUCGAAGGCUUGAGAUCUUCAGCUCUUCUGAUCCUCCUGCGCAGGUGGAGCGAGACGUCGGCCAGUUCAAGCUCGUGGCUCGUUGUGAUUUGCAAAAUGAAACGCAGGUGUCUUUCCUUAACCCGUCUUUUAAACCUCGAGCUCCAUUCCUGGAUCCUCCACCACCGGUUCCAGCGCAGGCUAAACGUCAGGAUCUGUGGAGCCGCGGGCCGCAGUCUCUGGGCUCUGUGGCGCAGCUCCGUGUCAGUAUUCCAUACAGCGGAGCCGCGACCGCGCUCGGCAUCAAGUCGCUCUCUGUUUGGGCUCUGCCUGCUCGCUGCUGUUCACCUUCUGAAGUCGAGAAGUUUCAGGAAGCACACCAAAAUAGUUUGCAGUUAAACCGUCAUUCAUCUUUAGAUCAUACCACAGUUUCUCCCAAGCCAGAUCACAUCUCGCCUGAUAUUCUGAUCCCGGAGGAAUUCCUGGAUCCGCUGACUCAGGAACUCAUGGUUUUUCCGAUGAUUUUACCCAGUGGGAUGGUCAUAGAUAACAGCACCUUAGAAGAGUAUCAGAAGAGAGAAGCUACGUGGGGCCGUCUGCCCAACGACCCGUUUACCGGCGUUCCUUUUGCACAAAACUCAAAACCUCUUCCCAACACCGCCCUUAAAAGUCGCAUUGACCGUCUGGUGCUACAGACGGGAUGCACGGGUGUCGGGAAUAAACUGAUGAAUAAACCGCAGUCAUCCAGGCUUAUCGUAUCUCCUAACGCCGGAGAUGCCAAAAGCUCAGCAAACUUUAGCAGAGAUCACAAUGAUUCAGAAUCUAAAGAGGUCAGAUGUCAAUCUGUGAAUUCAGUCCUUACUUCAGGACAAACACGGUGUCGUUCCAGUAAAAGAAAAUAUGAAAGUCUGACUUCUUCCUCCAGUAGUGUUGAUUCAGCGACGUCACACACCACAGAAUCUCACGAGCAGCGUUUAGCAGACAGUUUAGAUGAAGCUCUGAAUGAAGCUCUUCAUGGAUUGCCCACAUUCACCUCGCAGAGGAAAACUAACUCUGAUCCAGAAACUUCAGCCGGUACAUCACAGUCUGACGACAGCACGCGUGGAAACUGUGAAGGGCAGCAGAAAUGUUUGUUUUGUUCAUGUUUAUUAAGUGUUUAUUCCUGGAGCGUGUUGUCGUACUCUCUGUCCUGUGGACAUCUCAUAUGUGGACCCUGUUUACAACGCAAACGUCUGGCUGAUUCUCAGAGGUUAAAGAUUAAAUGCCCGGCGUGUGGCGUGUUUGCCUCCAGCAGUGACAUCACACGCGUGCAUCAUUAAAUCAUCAUAAACUCUCUGUCUCAUAUUAAAUUAUUUGUAAACAGAUUUUGUCUGUAAUUAUCAUUAAAAUGUUUUUUUUUUUAAUGUC